CACUCUCCGGUUAAGUUCUCUGUGUUUCCGGUUCUCCUCACUCGGAGCUUCACCAACGCACAAAGCGAACCUAAAUGCACAAGAAACUGGAGCACACCGGAAGAGCACCCGGGCCGACCGAACGCUCUGCGCAGUCUCCGCAAGAUGGCGAGGCCGUGGACAGAAUCAUCCGGAGGAUACGGAGACUUCACGCUCCACUCGCGGAGAUGUCCAGCAGGAUGGACCUGGUGAUCCGUAAAGUCGGCGACGACAAGCAGCGCGCGACGGAGCUCGAGGAGCGCAGCAGAGCCACGGACGCGCGCAUCACCGAGCUCGAGGACGCGCUGGAGAGAGCGCUGGACCGCCUGGAAGACCUGGAGCGCGGCAAGAUGUUUUCCAGGGACAUUCGGAUUUUCGGCUUGAAAGAAGGCACCGAAGGGCACGACCCGGUUCCGUUUUUUGAGACCUGGGUGCCGGGGGUACUCGGCAUGCACAACCGGGUAGAGCUGGAGCGCGCGCGGCGCACGGGAGCGCGAAAGCGCGCAGACGGAAAGCCGAGAGCGGUUCUGGUGCGGUUUCAGAGCUACAGGGACAAGCGCGUGGUUCUGGACGCGGCCCGGGAUAGAGACACGGUCCGAGUGAAGGGAAGGAAAGUCUCCUUCCGGGACUUCUCUCUCUCCGCGCACAGAAAAAGCGCUGAAAGUCUCGGCGCGCGGAGGCAGCUGCACAGGGCCGGGGUUAAACACGCGCUCAUUUACCCCGCACAGGUUAACGUGCUGCCCCCCCCCGGGGCAGGAGACAUGUACUUACACCACGUCAAACUCGAGCCUCCUCUGGGCUCUCACACACACCAGCAGGAACCAGGAACAGAGGAUAAGACAGUGCAGAAUAAAGUGGACACGAUUUUGAGAGAUGUGCAGCAGUUUACAGACAACGACAAACUCUACCUUUAUUUACAGCUUCCCUCAGGUCCCAGUGCAGGAGAGAAGAGCAGCGACUCAAAUUCAGUGAACACGGCUGACCAGCUCCACACCUGUAACUGGAUUCGUAGUCACUUGGAGGAACACGCGGACACCUGUUUGCCUAAACAAGACGUUUACGAGACGUACCGGAAGCACUGUGAAAACCUGCAGCAGAGGCCUCUGAGCGCGGCCAACUUCGGCAAGAUCAUCCGAGACAUCUUCCCCAACAUCAAGGCUCGCAGGCUGGGAGGCAGGGGACAGUCCAAGUACUGCUACAGCGGGAUCCGCAGGAAGACGGUGUUAAACAUGCCAUUAUUACCCAACCUGGACCUCAAGAACGAUCCGUCCGAGCUGACCGAACUGGUGCAGACGUACAAGCAGGAAGUGACGGAAGCAGCGUGUGAGCUGAUCUGCGACUGGGCUCAGAAGAUCCUUAAGCGCUCGUUCGACACGGUAGUGGAGAUCGCACGCUUCUUAGUGCAGGAGCACAUCGUAAACCCUCGCUGCAGCCAGGCCGAGCUCGUCACCUCCGCUUCGCUGGCCGGAGGUCCUGCCAAGCCACACAAAGUGAUUAAGAAGAACCAGACGACGACCAGAGGGAGUACAGCAGAGGAAGAGAUCGCAGGACAAGACGCUAAGAAAGAUGAAAGCGAGCAGGCUGCAUCUGUGAAACAUCUUCCUAACGACAAAUCAGCUAAAGCUCCUGAGGUUCUGCGUUACGGAGGCCGUGAGAUGCAGGUGGAAGCUCUAGUUAAAAAACUUCCUCAGCUCCGCCCUCGUGGCUCGAUUCCAGACAAACCUCUCCUCCCUGUUCCCGCUCCCGCCUUCACGCCGAACGAUUCCAGCAGUGUCCAAGUGACUCUGCCGAUCACCGUGGCGACGCUUUCGCCGCAGCAACGCGGCUCCGCCCUCCCGCUCAUGAUCCUGCCUCCGUCGGUGACGGUUUCCACGGCGUCGGCGGUGACGACAGCGUCUAAACGGGCGUCCGAUUCGUCCGCCGUGGCCGUGGGACCGCCCCUGAAACGCAAACGCGGUCGACCCAGGAAGCAGAGACCGGAGGAAACGGCGGCGGCGGUUCAGAACCCCGGCCCGAAUCAGAACCUAAACCUGAAUCAAAAUCUUGGUCUGAAUCCAGUGGUGCUGAACAGAGGAGUGAUCCAGAAAGCGCUGUCGUCCUCGUCCUCGCAGAUGACGGAGACCGUGCUACAGUGUAAAGCUGAUGAACCGGAGCAGCGGCCCGUCAUGCUCCUGCAGGAAACGGGCCGCGCCAUGGUGAUCCAGCGUGCCCCGCUGUCCCGAGAGAACCGUCCUGUAAACCAGGUGCAGGUGACUCAGAGCGCCAACAUGGUGCAGCUCCCUCCUGCCACUGUGCACGAGGACAGGGACAUAGUGCUCACGCUCACUCCCAUCGAUUCCAUGAUCGCUGCAGGCGACGCCGUUUGCAGCAUGCCUGAGACCAACCCGGGGCAGGGCGGGGUCCCUUAGCUGUCUCUCCCCUGUGUGCGUGUGUGUGUGUGCAUGUUGUCAGUGACUUUGGUGACUAACAUGUCGGAUUGCAGUCGUGUCUCCGUGUCUUUGGCUGUGUUUUUACUUUCUCUGUUUCAGAAUAAUUGAACGUGCAGGUGAUUAACGAGAACGCACAGAAGUACAAGGAGCAAAAAAAUUUUAUGCACACACACACACACACACGCACAGUCAGUGUUUCGUCCUGUUUCAGAGGUGCCAAAAUGUACAAUUAAGCCGUUUACAUUUUUUACCUGUUGCAAAGGUGAUAUAUGAGACUCCUGACAGCUACGCUAAAGCACCAAUCAAACCAUACAAGAACAUAAAGCUGACACACUGAAGGGGAAAGAGCUUCUGCUAGCUGUUACCUUCUCUAGAGUAGCGUUGUUAUGGCUUCGCGAUUAGUCAUGGUGUGUUACAUCACCUGUCACUUUGUUUUUGGUUUGUUUUUUUUUUGUUUGUUUUUUACAGUCUUUUUGCAGCUUUUUUUGAUGCUUGAGUGAGAAGUAUUCAGAUGGGAUUAGUUUUCCAGUUGAGGUUCACAAUGUGGAUAUUACUAAAGGAGCUCUGGGGGUGUUGUACAGAUAACUUCAGGUUAUACAGGUAAAUCCCAUCUGAAUGAACUUGUGGGUAGAUGUAGAGAGACUGCGCUAUUUCCAAAGGGUUUUGUGUUUUGUGUCAGGAAGGGCGAAGGCUAUCACAUCACACCAACUAGCUGAACCUUUUCAAACCGCUUGCUCACAUCUAGAGGCAGCACUAUCCACCCUAUUUUAAGGGUGAGCUUGUUACUACUAGGGGGCGCUCUUUUCUCUUCUCGUACUAAAACAAAAUAUUUAAAAUGCAAAACAAUAAAUUAUAGACGAGCGGUAAAAGGGCGUCAGACACACGAGACUGUGACUCCUCAGACAGGAACCCAAAGUGAUCAGUUUGUUACUAGACGAGGUUGUGUUCCGAGAUUCAUCAUUCCUGUCAGUUUCACAUCAGCAUGUGUCCAUCAAGACCACCUUGAUAUCAUCAUCAGCCCAGAACAAUCCUCCUCUAGUAGAACCGGUCCGGGGCUGUGUGAGGUUUGUUCAGUACGGGGCAGGAAGUGCUCUUUAUCGCUUUCUUUUCCGCUGCUAGGACAGAGCUGCCUCGUUAUGUUUAUGAAAGCCGCUGAGAUUUUCACGUAAGUUAUAGUGUUGUUGGCACCUCAGAUGUCCAAAGCUGUGUCUGGUAUUACAACACCAUCAGUGUAAGAUGCUGAACAUUUCCAUGAAGUCGUCUGACCACAGCAUGCUACAGCCCUGACAUCCAUCACCUCUUAGCUACAUUAGCUACAGACACCAAACUUUACUUAGCCGUGGAGGGAAGGAGGGAGGGAGGGAGGGGUUUUUACCGGCCCAACUGUAGCUUUACCGCACUUUCAUUACAGAGUAAGCCAGCCUGGUGUGUGUGUGUGUGGUUAAGUCGAGUAGGUGUCCAGUGUGAUUACGGGUUUGUAACUUGAGGGCUUUUACAAUGUCUCUCACUCUCUCUGUCUCUCUUUCUCUCCCCUCCUCUACAUCUAUCUUUAAACUGCAGUGAGAAAAGUUUUAUAGAGAAAGAAACACACACACACACACACAGCUGAGUUACCGAGACCCAUGUUAUUUGAUUAGAAGUGAGAUGUGUGUAAUGGACUUUUAACACUCUGUGUGUAAAUAGUUUUCCUGAGAACAUCAGCGUCUGGUUCGUCUGCUGUCUCGUCUGCUUCUGUUUCUCUCCAAAAUCCACUGCAGGUUAGGGGAAAUCCAGAAGCGCAGACCUGCCUGCUGUUACACAACUCUGCCACUGGAGAACGCUGCUACGGACCCUCACUCAGAAACACGCCAAGAAUCUACAUUUCCACCCCGAACCCCCUGACGAGUCGACCUGCAGGUCCAUCUGAAACAACUGACACUUGCGAGAACUCUGAUGUUAAGCCCCGCCCCAUUCCUCCCACCCGUUGGAGGCGGGGUCAUUUCCCCCCACCAGUUGGAGUCGGGGUCAUGCUGCCCCCCUCCCAUUCAGGAAAUGUUUGUGCCAAAAGCAGAUUGCAGUGAUGUAGUGAAAGGCAGCUAUGCUAACUGUCUAACUGUUAAACAAUCUGGUGUAAGAUUCUUAUUAAAUUAUUCUAAUUGGG